UUAUCUUUUAAUUAUUAGUCCUAAAGAAAAACUCAUUUUUCAGGUGUACCCAUUUGACAUAUACUUACAAUUUAAAUUGUUUGCAAUAUUUUCCCACUUAAACCCAGAAACAAUGUAAAUAUUUUCGUCCAAUUAUGGAGAAAAAGUUGAUGAGUUCAUGUGUAAAAAGGUGGUCUAAGUAGAUUAUAUAAAGAGGAAGUGAAUGUGUUUAUAGUACAAAAUUGACUUAAGAGGGAAUUUUAAGAAACAUUGGAUGUGUUUGUGUCAAUAGGUGGACAAACUAGAGAAUAUCUAGAGAAUACGGAAGUGUUUAAGAUGAUUGUAGACUUAACAGGGACUAUUUAAAAUAAAUGAAGUGUUCAUGUUAAGAAAUGGACUACAAAGAGAAUAGCUACAGAAAAGGGAUGUGUUCAUGUUAAAAGUGGACUAAACUGGGAAUAGCAAGAGACACAUGAUAUGUUUGUGUAAAAGGUUGGAUAAUUAAGGAAUAGUAAAAGAAGCGUUUAUGCUAAAAGUAGGACUAGGCAGGGAUGUCGAAGGGUGGGAAAGAUAGGGAAUAUUAAGACACAGAUACAUGCUUAUGAUGAAAGGUGGGAUAGAUAGGGAAUAUUCAGAGACAUUAUUUGUGCUCAGGUGGGCUAGAUAAGGAAUAGACAGAUAUAGUAGAUAAGAUCAUGUCAAAAUAUUGAGCUAAAUAGGGAAUAAUUAUGGACAAUAUAAUUAUGUGUUCAUGUUGAAGAUGGACUAGAAAUGGAAUACUAAGAGAGAGAUAUUUUAUCUAUAUUGAAUGUGGACUAGGUACUGAAUAUUAAGACCGAGUCGAUGUGUUAAUGUUUAAAUGUAAACUACAUUUGAGAUAUUAAGAUAUUUUGAAUGUGUUCAUGAUGAAGGUGAACUAGAGAGGAUAUAAAUAAACACAAGGAGUUUGUUCAAAUGUUGAAUGGAUAGGUAAAAUUAAGAGAUAAUAAUGACUGUUAAACAUAGUAUUGAUAGGGAAUAUUAAGAGACAUAGGAUGUGUUCAUAUUGAAGGUGUGAUUCAUGGGGAGAUAUGAGGCAGAUGCCCUAUGUUUAAGGUGGGUCUGAUAGGGAAUAUCAAUAGUUAGUUAAUGUGUUUAUGUUUAAGGUUGACAAAAUAGGAAAUAUUCAGAACAAGUUGAUGUGUUCAUGUACAAGGCGGGCUAGGUAGGGGUAUUAGGAGGCAUAGUAUGUGUUUAUGCUGAAGGUGGCCUAGAUAAGGGAACAUUGAGAGACACAGGACUUGUUCAUGUUAAAAUAAUGACUUAUUUGAGACUUUUUAGAGACAGUGGGUGUUAAAAAGGGCGAAAAAGAGAAUGUCCAGAAACAGUGGAUGUGCUCAGGUUUUAAAGAAAGACUUAAUACGGAAUAUGUAGAGAUAGUGGAUGUAUUCGUAUUAAAGAGUAGACCAAAUAUGGAAUAUUUAGGGACAAAGGAUGUGAUCAUUUUGUAGGCGGACUAAAUACAGAAUAUUUUAUGACAUCAGGGGCCAGUUGCUCAAAACCUCAAUUAAAUUUAACAGUACGUUACCUUAACCAUCCGUUAAAUCCAUAACUGACUGUUACUUAACGGUCAGUUUAAUUCUUGUUGCUCAUAGCUAUUUAACGCUGCCGUUUAGUAACGCUAGCGUUAAAUGCUUAACAGUCAAUUAAAUCCAACUUCCUGACCCAUAAUUCAUCUGUCACCAUCAUUCAGCAUCCAAGAUGGCCGACAUCAUAAAGUCUUCUGCUUAUGAUACUGAAAAACAAAAAAAGGAGAAAAAAACCUAAUUUCACAGCUAGUGAAACUUUGAUCAUAGAGGAAUGUAUGGGGAGACUUCGAUACAAGGGAAAUGCUGACUAACAAAUUUACUGAUAAAAUUUCUAAUGAGAAAAAGAAAAGAAAAUGGGAAGAAAUAGGUGUCAAAUGUUCUGCCCUGGGGUGUGCUGUUCGGACUGGCGAUGAAAUCAGUGUUAAAUGGCAGAACAUGCGAAAAAAUGCCAAGGCUGAGAUAACAAGUGAAAGGCUCCAGCGGAGAGAGAGUGGGCGGGGUACUGACACGCUAAAGAAGGCUACAGAUCAAGCCAAUAGAAUUGUAUCUAUAGAUGCUGAUGCCAGUUUCAAUGGAGUUGUAGGUGGAAUGGACUCUGAUGAGCCAGAUGGUCUUUCGUUUAUACCAAAUUUAACAGAUGAAGAAGAUGCGGAGAGUGAAAGCCUUAGGUCAUCAAAGUUACCCCCGCCAUCCAAGAUCAUGAUGGUGGCACAGCCUACUGCAGGACCAUCAAAGAGCGGUUACCAAGAACACAAACAGGAACGUGUUGUCAAGAGAAGGAAGACCAAAGCAGAGGAACUCAUUGAUUGGCAAAUUAUAUACUUUCAAAAUCAGGUGGAAUUGGCACAGCAAGAGAAGGAAAUCAAUCGGGUGAAGCUGAGAGUGAUGGAAAAAUAUGAGAAAAAAAAACAUGAUACAGAGGAAAUAGACGGAUUCAUCCGGACAACCUUCUUCAAGAGUUAAACAUGAACAUGUGAUAUGGUUUAUUUCAUCCUGGUUUUCAUGGCGUUUAUUUAUUAUUUGACUGUUUGUAAUUUAUGUACGAGCUUGUAAAGUUACCUACAUGAUGUGUUUAAUUCAGUGUGAAUUGUCUGUCUGUAAUAUUUGGGCCAUUCUGAGCGAUUUACCUUAUUUGCCAAAAUA